AUGAGAUUGUUUAAGGGUUUGGGUCUCUUCAUAUGGGCUGCUUCAGCCUUUCUUCUUGUUCAUGAACUACACCCAGUAUCUUGUGGUGGUAUAGGAAAUAGGUUCGUUGAGAAUGGAGACCUUGUCACCGAUUUGCCUGGCCAACCAGUAGUCCAGUUCCGGCAUUACGCCGGAUACGUGACGGUGAACAAGAAGAAUGGGAGGGCCCUCUUCUAUUGGUUCUUCGAGGCUGCAUCUCAUGCUGAUGAGAAGCCUCUAGUCUUGUGGCUCAAUGGAGGUAAGGAUCCUUGCUUGUUCGUCCCGGGUGUUCCUCCGUUGGCUAUGGUGCAACGCAGGAGAUUGGUCCUUUCCUGGUUGAAAAAGAUGGGAGUAAGCUCAAGUUCAAUCCAUUCUUUUGGAACAAAGUUAACUAAUUUUGCAGAGGCCAACUUACUGUUCCUUGAGUCUCCAGUAGGUGUAGGCUUUUCCUACUCAAACACAACCAGCGACUAUGAGAUUCUUGGAGAUUCCUUUACAGCAAAUGAUACAUACACUUUUCUGCACAACUGGUUCGAAAAGUUCCCAUCCUACAGAAACCGAACCUUUUACAUGGCAGGAGAGAGCUAUGCAGGAAAGUAUGUUCCGGAGUUGGCUGAGCUCAUCUAUGACAUGAACAAGAAUCCUUCAUUGUUUAUAGACCUCAAGGGUUUCUUGUUGGGUAAUCCUGAAACCUCUGAUAGUCAUGACUGGCAAGGUUUGGUGGAUUAUGCUUGGAGCCAUGCCAUCGUCUCGGAUGCAACACAUGACAUCACCAGAGAUAACUGCAAAUUUGACAGUGAUGACCCAUGGAACAACACUAAAUGUCGGGAUGCUGUCGAUGAGGUCCUUAAACAAUAUGGUGAAAUUGAUAUCUACAGUCUAUACACUCCAACCUGCAUCCAGAACUCAUCAGGUUCCAACAAUGGUGGAAGAAGACUACUCAUGUUCAAGUCCACCUCCAAGAUGAUACCGAGGAUCAUGGGUAGCUACGAUCCAUGCCUUGAUGGUUACACAACAUCUUUCUACAACAGACCAGAUGUUCAGAAGGCCCUCCAUGCUAGUGAUGGCCACAACAUCAGGAACUGGAGCAUCUGCAACAAACAAAUUUUUAACGAGUGGAAGGACUCGAUGCCCUCUGUUCUCCCCAUAUACAAGAAGCUGAUUGCAGGAGGGCUCAGGAUAUGGGUCUAUAGUGGUGACACAGAUGGAAGAGUCCCAGUGCUGUCAACAAGAUACUGUUUGGACACCCUAGGAUUGCCUACAGUUGGUCCCUGGAGGCCAUGGUACCAUAAGAAACAGGUGGCUGGAUGGCUACAAGAGUACGAGGGGCUAACUUUUGCAACAUUUAGAGGAGCUGGCCAUGAUGUGCCAACGUUCAAACCAAGCAGUUCCUUGGCUUUCUUCACUGCCUUUCUUGCUGGCAAAGCUCCGUCGUCUACCCGUUGAGUAAAACAUUUCUCUGAAGGUCUAAAAUCAAUGGCUUCGUUGCAAGCUACUCAGCUCAAGAAUGUAGUUUGAUGGUGAAUAAACUGGACACAAUUUAAAAACAAAAAAUAAUGUAGAAUUGUUGAUCUAAUCCAAAGUCAUUAUCUUAGUGAACAACUUGUUUGAACUAAUUGUGAUUGCGUCAAGAAAUAAUGUAGCAUUUCUUGACUUCGUGCAUUUUUAUUUUCAGGCCCCAGUCAAAAUGAGUUCUCAUUUAGUCACACCUCUGAUCUUAGAUCAUAUGUUACAAUUGAUUAUAAUCUCAAGCCAUGAACAUUCUUGCAUGCAUCCACUUUAUCUUCAUUUACUUCUCCAUUUUAUCCUAUAAUAUUGUAUCAUAUUGUAAUGAAAAUAUGAACAGUUCGUCAUUUCUCAAGAGGUAAUAUUAUUACCUCAAUAACAGGGUAAGGGUAUCUCUUUCGAGAGCUAUUAUUGCAUAUGCAGUUUUCAAUUAUAGUCAACUAAACAAAGCCCAUUUCUAUGGCUGCAAUUCUAAUUAUAAUUUAAUUUUAGGCAAUUGAAUCACUGGCAAUGAAAUGGUGCCUUACUAUAAACCCAAAUUACAGGUACAGUAACCAAUCCACAAUAACUUUACACUUGACACAAUUGGCACCUCUUAAUGUUUAAUAGACCAAGAUUUAAUGAAAUAGAAAAAUCUUGAUAAAAAAAAAAACUAUUUUCAGAUUUUCUAGAACAAAAUUGAGUUCAAUUAUUCCAAAUCUAAUAUUUCUAGUUACCAUGCAUGUAUCAUAACUGAUUCUUAACAAAUGCCCCAGGUCAUUCAUUAACAAGACCCUAUCUUCAGAAAUGGAAACUUAUAUUGAGAACGAAGUCUUGCAACAUAGGCAUAAUGUUCUCGACAGACUCAAGCAAGCAAAUUUAUGUCUAUCAUAAAAGACACAGAGCAACAACUAUAAAAAAUUAUUUGUAUCAAAGCACCCCCUCAAAUCCAACUUGCAUCUUGAUAGAUGGAGAAAUUGCUGAUUGUUGAUUUUCUUUUUCCCAAUAAAUUAUGAACCAGAUCAACAGUUCUCUUCCAAAGAAUAUUGUCUCCAUUAGUUAGCUGCGACAGACUCUGAUUGUAGUUUUGAUUUUUCUAAGAAACCUUAAUAAGAAAUCGAAGGACGUAUCUGAAAAGUAAUGACUAUAGAAAGACUAGGCAUCCUUACCAUCCCACCCACCACCACUCCAGAAGCGAAGCUCCUUUGCCGAAGUAGUCAAAAAGCCAUCACGAAGACACUGCCACCUCCCUGGGCAUGUCGCAUUGAAAUCUGAGAAACUGCUCAGGUAUGGCCGCGGACUGCUUGCUGCAACCCCAACCAUACCGACCACCAUCUCAUCCUACAACCUCUCGGGUCCUCCAAAACCUCACCUCCAUCUAUUCAAAGCAAGGGUUUGGCUUCGCUGUGGAGGAGGAGACCACUACAAGGCCUCAUGCAGGAUGUGGCCAUGAAUUGUAUAUUUAUUGACAUGAAAAGAUAAACUAGGUGAACAAAGUGAAACACAUCCUUGUUGGCUACAAUAACGAGGAAUAUGAAUAGAUAAGUCAUACAAUACUAAAGUUUAGUAGUAAUCUGAUUUUAGUCCUGGCGAGGAGGCGUUCAAUAUUCAAAAGAAAAUCAGUUGUACAUCUCCGAUGAGCAAAGAACCAUCACCAUUAUAUCCACCAACAGGGUAGAACUCCCCACAGGCCACACUUCUUCAAGAGGGAAAAUAACCUUGAAGGGGAGAAGUUGGCUAUAACAUCACUUACAAAUCCCAAUACUUUUCAACAAGGUAAUAUUUUCCAAUAAAAACACAUUAAUUAUGUAACUAUAAAGAUAUGAUGGGAGAAGAUUGUGCCAAAGAAGUACCCAAAAGAGGAACAAGUUAUUUAAUCAAUUGCAGGCAAUCAAAAAAGCCGCAAGGGUCCACAAACCAAUUUACAAGGUGAAAUGCAAUGUUGUGCCAAAAAUACAAGGCAUGAGAUAAUGCUAUGUAGUAUUUAGGUCGUAUAAAUGGAGGCUAGUUCAGAUCUUUUUAAGCAAUCACAUGAACUAUUGAUCAGUCUGCUAAUAUAGAAAUCCGCACUUAACCAAAAAUCCCGGGUGCUUGGUAAACCAAUCUUAGAUAACAGCAUAGCCAUAAGAGGGAUCAUCCCCACUACAUAUUUUUCAUGAUAUGUAAAUGUGCAAAUAAGCAUAUCCGAUAUACAUUUGCUUGCAUGCAACAUCAAAACUAGACAACUAGAGACAUCCAUUAAUCUCAGAUUUUCUAGGAUGGUCCGUUACAACACAUGUUCAAUGAAUGGACAUGCUGUGUUCAUCAUUCGUGCUACAAAUAUUCAUUGGAACAGCAAGAACAUACCAAAUUUUUCUGCUAAUACUAAUAAGCUUGCCUCGUCAUCCAACACUCAUUGAUUCUUUGAGAAAAGACAGUUCAUUGAUUAGUUGGUUUUCCCAAACAGACCCGUCAAUGUAAUCAAUCCGAGCAAAUUUGGCAUUUGACAAAUCAACCUCACGUGUGUUCAUAUGCUUACAACAAAGAAAAUGUUACAUAAAUUGCAGUAUAAAAAAACUUUGCAGGUCAUUUGAGAAUUGGAAAUAGCAGUGCAUCAGAAACCUUGGGAUGAACAUGUAUUCACUAAUAUAGUCCUCAUCCAUACAUCCAACUAAACCAUUAUUGAGUACAGGAUCAUAGAGAAUUCAAAACUGAUGAUAAUUGGCGCCUCACAAAUCAAACACAUGCAUAUAAGUGUUGGUGGAGGCCGGUGUGGGCCAAGUCAGCAAGGCUCGCCCGCGGCGGAGGCCGGUGUGGGCUAAGUCGCAAUCGAACACCGGGGGGGCGCUUGGAAUGGUCGGUUUAAAGACCAUGGUUAAGCCUUCACUAUUACCUACGGGUUUUAGUGAGAUGGCAGCGCCUACGGUCCUAACAGUGGUAUCAGAGCCAGUGGCACG